ACGAAAUGUUGCUUCGCUGUGGUGCCGAGGCUUCUGCUUGGGUAGUUUCGUGGCGCAACGAACGGAAGGAGAUUGACCGGAUCGAGAAGGGAAGGAGGCGAAAGAGGCGAGGGCACGGCCUGUCGUGAUGCAGCAUCUGCAGCACCAACCGAGAUCGGGAGCGUCGGCGGCUCCUAGGCGGAGGUGCGAGGGCACGGCCAUGGGCGCCAUCACCCUUGACCUUCGCCCGGGCCUUGGCAUCGGGCCCUUUACCCUUGGCAUGCCUUUGCAUGAAGCAAUUGCCCAGUUGGAACUUCAACGUAAUAUUUAUGAUGACAUCUAUGCGAAGUAUUGUGAUGAGGAACCCCUGAACAUGGACAUUGUCAUUAGCUUUCCUGAUCAUGGUUUUCAUAUUCGUUUUGAUCCUUGGUCACAGAGGCUACGUCUUAUUGAAGUGUAUGAUGUCAAACGGUUGCAAAUGCGAUAUGCGAUGUCUCUGAUUGGUGGCCCUUCUACACUUGCUACUUUUGUAGCAGUAUAUACACUUUUUGGACCUACAUUUCCUGGAACUUAUGACAAAGAUAGAGGGACAUACACCUUAUUUUACCCAGGAUUGUCCUUUGCUUUUCCUAUCCCUAGCCAAUAUGCAUAUUGCUGCCAGAAUGCAGAAGUUUCAACUGAGUUGCCUCUUGAAUUUCCUGAUGGAACAACUCCAGUAGCAUGCCGGGUUUGCAUAUAUGAUGGUUCUUCAGAUAGUAAGGUUGGUGUAGGAUCACUUUUAGACCAAGCUAUAGUCCCUCCAUUGCCUGCUGGCAGUCUAUACAUGGAAGAAGUGCACGCUAAGCUUGGAGAGGAAUUAUGGUUCACUGUUGGAGGUCAGCAUAUUCCUUUUGGUGCAUCACCACAGGAUAUCUGGACUGAGCUUGGACCUCCUUGUGGAAUCUAUCAGAAGCAGGUCGAUCAGAUGGUGAUUCACUCAGCUUCUGAUCCUCGGCCAAGGACCACUCUUUGCGGUGAUUACUUCUACAAUUACUUCUCUCGUGGUCUGGACAUAUUAUUUGAUGGACAGACUCACAGAAUCAAGAAGUUUGUUUUGCAUACAAAUUUCCCUGGGCAUUCCGACUUUGAUUCUUAUAUGAAAUGCAACUUUGUUAUCUAUGAUUCUGAUGUUGAAGGUACAAUUCAAAUUGGAAAGAUGACUAAAAACUGUAUUACAUCUAGUACAAAGUGGGAACAAAUAAAGGAGAUUCUCGGAGAUAGUGGCCCGGCCGCAAUCCAGACUCAGGGUUCAAUGAACAGCCCAUUUGGAUCAACUUUUGUCUAUGGAUACCCAAAUGUUGCUUUUGAGAUCAUGAAGAACGGGCAUAUAGCUACUGUUACUCUCUUCAGAUCUUAAGUAAGAUCUUGUGAUUGUUUUACAGGGUGUGGGACGUUUGCAAAUGCUCAUAAGUUAUGAUUUGUAGAUUGUUGUAAAUAAGAUUCAAUUAUUUUGGUGGAAGAAUGGGAAUGAACAAAGAAGUGGAAGGGGUCCUAGUUUGGUUAGGAUAAUGCAUUCCAUGGGGCUCUCACAUGUUCAUGUUCAUGUUCAAUUAAAAAUCUAACAUUUAUCAAGUUCUACUGAAAUAAAGUUUAAGUUAUCUGAUAGGAGAA